AUGCCCUUACCAUUUCUUGGUCGAUUGGACAUCGCCGAAUAUUUCGCCCUCGUGGGCUCCUUCUUUCUCGUCGGGCUCGAGGCCCUUAUUCGAGUGUUAACGCUAGCGUUACCAUCCUCUCUGUUGAAUCUUUUCUAUCGAGCCUCGCGACGGCUGUUUAACAGGUUAACUUCGCCGGCACAGAAAAGAGCCGAACAGAGAAGGAAAUCCAUCUCGACGUCGGUUCGAAAUGCCUCCGAUUUUGUUGAUCUCUGUGCCAUGUAUGGCUACACGGCUGAGGAACAUGUACUACAAACAAAAGAUGGAUACCUACUUGGAAUACAUCGUCUUGCGUGGAGGAAAGGCGAGGAAGACAUGAAAGUCAACGACGGGCCCGCCAGUCUUAAGAAGCGCGUCGUUUAUCUUCACCAUGGUCUCCUCAUGAAUAGCGAAGUUUGGGUUUGCCUCACCGACGCUCAGAGGUCUCUGCCCUUUGUGUUAGUGGAAAGAGGUUUCGACGUUUGGCUGGGUAACAACCGUGGGAACAAGUACUCUAAAAAGUCGAUCAACUACCCCCCUACUACGCCCGAGUUUUGGAACUUUUCAAUCGAUGAGUUCGCUUUUCACGAUAUCCCAGACUCGAUCAACUACAUUCUAGAGAACACAAAGCAGCAGUCCUUAUCCUACAUUGGCUUCUCCCAGGGCACUGCGCAAGCGUUUGCUAGCUUAGCGGUGCACCCUAAAUUGAAUGAGCAGGUCAAUGUAUUCAUAGCAUUGGCACCGGCUAUGUCACCUGCUGGUUUGAAUAAUGGCAUCGUCGACGCUCUUAUCAAAGCCUCACCCCAGGUCCUCUUCCUCCUCUUUGGCCGACGUUCUAUUCUCUCAUCUGCUACGAUGUGGCAGUCUAUACUGUACCCACCUCUGUUUAUGAAACUCAUCGAUAUGGGGUUGUCUUUUCUAUUUGGCUGGAAGACUAAAAAUAUCUCGGUUAGCCAGAAGCUCGCGGCUUAUCCACACUUGUAUUCGUUUACCAGCACGAAGUCGGUCGUCCAUUGGUUCCAGAUCAUUCGCAAUCAGUCAUUCCAAAUGUAUGAUGAUGAUGUCCAGACACCUCUAUCUAUCAACACGUCGAGCAAGUACACGAAAGUUGCCAAGUAUCCAACCCGCAAUAUUAAGACUCCCAUUGUCUUGGUCUAUGGAGGGAGCGACUCCUUAGUUGACAUCGAAGUAAUGAUGCGAGAGUUACCUAAUAGGACUGUAGCAACUGAAAUUCCUCAUUAUGAACACCUUGACUUUCUCUGGGCUCGCGACGUUGACGUUCAAGUCUUUCAGCACGUAUUUGACGCCUUGGAGAAUUUCAAGGGCGCAGAACAUUCGCUAGAAGAAUUUGAAAGCUAUCAACGAGCGCGCAGCGUCAGCUUAACAGCCUCCAACUCUUUUAAGCAAAAUGGAAAGCUAAAUGGUGUUAGCACAUAUCGUAGCAGCGAUGCGUUCGAAUCUGACGGGGCUUCUGGGUCUAAUGGACACCAAGUCAAUGGAGAACCUCUAUUCAGUGUACAACCCGAGGCGCGUGAAGAUCCCGUGAAUCAUUCCGAUUUCACUCUAGAAGCGGCAGAACCUAUCAACGCUGCAACAGCUAGUCUUCACAUCCAUCCUAAUCCUAUCGCCACGAUUGAUGAAAAUGCGCCGCCCUUAACUUCACCCGAUAGACCUUGCUCGGCUGGCGGUUACGACGGUGUGGGAGAUCUACCUACCCCUGCAACUCCUAGUCCCUCAGCUCAGAACAACAAGCGGAAUCGCCGACGCAAUAGUGCUGCCAGCAAUCUCAGCUUAGAGGGUUCGAUGAAAGAGGGGCGCGGCAUAAAAAUUGGAGCUGCGAAACCCAUUAUAGGUAGCAGCAGCGAUGAAGGACGGAGGUUUUCUCGAUUAGACAGUCGAUAA